AUGGCGUCAGCAGCCUACUACAAGAAGCAGCAGGCGCAGCAGCAUCUCGCCAACAGUGAGGUGCAGUCCAUCACAGAAACGUUGGUCGCGGCAGUGGCGCAGUCCCGCCCUCGAAGCCCCCUGCGCGCUCUGCUUCAAACACUAGACCGUAUGGAGGGAGAGGGGGCGGAGUCGACACCUGCGGCCGCUAAUACGGCACCACCUCUCGUCACCCCGUGCCUCAUCCUUCUCGCCGGUCUGCCUGGCUGCGGUAAGUCUGUCCAGGCUUCGCACAUCGCCGCCUUCCUUGGCGGUGUUCCCUGCGCCGUGCCGUCGUUGGUCCAGGAUGCGUUGAACGGUGGCCGGCUUCCCGGUUCGAAGGACGUGUACGUUCCUCAGUCCCUCCAAGUGGAGCUGAGGGCAGCCAAGAAGGCGCUCGCACAGCACGUGGCCUCGCUGCCACCCGAUCUCGUGGUGCGACUCAUCGUGAAUCGCAUGCAGUACGAGACUCGUCAGCGCCAAGCUGCGGCUGGCACUGGGUUUACGCCAGGGGAGCAACUUCCCUCGUCGAAGGUGUUCUUCGUACUCGACGGCUAUCCCUCUACCAUCGCCGAGGCCCUGGCUCUCGAGGCGGCGGCGGGGCAGGAGAUUUCGGUAGUGAUUACCCUACGCUGCUCCACCGACUGUCUGCAGGCGCGUCGCCACUCUCCUGUUCCUCCUGCUUGCCAUGCCUCCCUUAGCAUCUUUGAGGAGUACUGGAGCGCUCAGCACAAGCUACGGGUCGUGGACGGCGCACAGAGCAUCGCUGCCGUCACGCGGCGGGUGCUAGCCGUCCUGCAGGAGGAGUAA